UACUAAUAAGAAAAAGAUGGGAGCUCGCUAUUUCCAUGUCUACCUUGUCAUUCAAGCCAUAACGUCCUAUGUGGCCUACGCCGCAGAUCCUAGUCCGCUACAAGAUUUCUGCGUUGCCAUAGACGAACCAAAGAAUGCAUUGUUCGUAAAUGGGAAAUUUUGCAAGAACCCAAUGGCAGCCAAAGUGGAGGAUUUCCGAUUUCGAGGACUAGACAUACCAGGAAACACAAACAACCAAGUUGGGUCUAAUGUCACACGAAUCACACCAGAUAACCUUCCUGGACUAAACACCCUCGGCAUUUCAUUAGCAAGGAUCGACAUCGCACCUUACGGCGUGAACACACCACACCAUCACCCUCGCGCCACCGAAGUCCUCACAGUUCUCAAAGGAACUCUUUACGCAGGUUUCGUAACCUCUAAUCUCCCAAAUGGUGAAAACAGGUUAUUUGCAUCAGUACUACGUGAAGGAGAUGUGUUCAUUUUUCCUCAAGCACUUAUUCAUUUUGAGGCAAAUAUUGGUAAGAUUCCUGCUGUUGCACUUUCAGCAUUUAGCAGCCAAAAUCCUGGCGUUGUUACUACUGCUGCUGCUGUGUUCGGGGCUGAGCCACCUAUCUUGGUCGAUGUACUAGUUAGGUCUUUCCAGCUUGAUCCUCAAGUAGUAGAGGAGCUUCAGUCGCGUACUUUUGGAUAAGCCUGUAAUUCAACAAUCAACAUGUUGGAGUUUAUCUGAGUUUAAAACAUUUACUUA